GACCUUCUACCGGAAAUCAGCUGUCGCGCCAAACUUCAGUUGUAAGAAGUGCCGCCAGAACGCCUGACUGUCGAGCGUUUAGCCGGGAUGGCGGCUCCAGCACUGUUGGUCUUGUAUGGCAGUCAGACUGGCACAGCACAAGACACAGCCGAAAGGAUCGGGCGGCAGGCCCAGAGGAGGUGCUUUCGUGUUCGGGUGGAGGCCCUGGACAGUUACGAUGUGGCCGGAUUGAUCUCGGAGCCGCUGGUUGUGUUUGUUUGCUCCACAACAGGACAGGGUGAGCCACCGGACAACAUGAAGAAUUUCUGGCGUUUCCUGUUCCGGAAGUCUCUGCCAUCCACUGCCCUUUGCCGCCUGGACUGUGCUGUGCUGGGAUUGGGCGAUUCAUCUUACGCUCGGUUUAACUUUGUUGCUAAGAAACUGCACAAGAGGCUGAUGCAGCUGGGGGCAAAUGCCAUCGUGCCAGUGGGCCUGGGGGAUGACCAGCACGACCUGGGGCCCGACGCUGUCAUUGACCCCUGGCUCGCCGAGUUCUGGCUGAGGGUCCGUGAGAUGUACCCCUUACCUGCUGGCUGGAGUGCUCAAAGCGACGACUUUUUGCUGCCAUCACGCUACGUGUUUGACUUCCUCGAGGCCACCCCCGAUGGACCAGAAAAGGUGGCACAGCGUGAGACACCUCAGCCCUCUCGCCAGCACCCUUUUCUUGCCCGGAUGGUGACCAAUCAGAGAGUGACCCAUCCAUCUCAUUUCCAGGAUGUGCGGCUGAUUGAAUUUGACAUCGGUGGCUCUCCGAUCGAGUUCACAGCAGGAGAUGUCGUCAUGAUCUCGCCACGCAACAGCAUGGAGAACGUGGACCUGUUCUGCAGGCUACUACGACUUGACCCCGACCAGCAUUUCACCCUUCGGUCCCGGGACUCAGCCCCGCUCCCUACCCGCCUGCCCCAGCCCUGCACGGUGCGUCACCUGGUGGAGCGGUACCUGGACAUCUCCUGCGUGCCUCGCCGCUCCAUCUUUGAGCUGCUGGCAGGGUUUGCCGCCAGUGACCUGGAGGACGAGAAGCUACGGGAGUUUGCAUCGGCACAGGGACAAGAGGAGCUCCAUGACUAUUGUACAAGACCCCGACGCACGCUGCUGGAGGUCCUCCAGGAUUUCCCACACACCACUGCAGCUUUGCAGGUUGACUAUUUGCUGGAUUUGAUCCCGGAGAUGAGUCCUCGCGCCUUCUCCAUUGCCUCCUCCCUACAUGCUCACCCCGGGCGCAUUCACAUCCUGCUAGCGGUGGUCCAGUACAAGACACGGCUUCACAAACCUCGACAGGGGCUCUGCUCCACCUGGUUGGCAUCCCUAGACCCACAGGCUGGGGAGCAGCGUGUCCCCCUGUGGGUGAAGAAAGGGGGCCUAACAUUUCCAAGUGACCCCGAGGUUCCUGUUGUGAUGGUCGGACCAGGAACUGGAGUGGCCCCCUUCAGAGCUGCUAUUCAGGAGCGAGUGGCCCUUGGCAGAAGAGGAAAUUACCUGUUUUUUGGCUGCCGCCAGGAGUCAAGGGACUUCUACUUUGAGGCAGAGUGGGCAGAGCUAAUGAAGGCCCAGUCGUUGGCACUGUUUACAGCUUUCUCGCGUGACCAGGAAGAGAAGAUCUACGUGCAGCACCGCCUUAGAGAGCAGGGCCCCCUGCUCUGGGAUCUCCUUGUCAACAACACUGGGCACCUCUACAUUGCCGGGAAUGCCAAGCUGAUGCCCGCUGCCGUGACUGAUGCACUCAGGGCCAUCUUUGAGUCUGCAGGGGGACUUUCUACCUCUGCCAGUGAAGAGCUGCUGGCGAAGCUGGAGAGAGUGGGCCGCUUCCAGUCGGAGACGUGGUCCUGAUGAUGUGGUGGGGCCCCCCUGGUACCCUGUGACUCCUCUGGCUCUGUGAAGCCCACAUCUCAUAGUGGAGACUGGCGAGUGCCAUCAGUCUGCCACUUCUGGUCCCUUUUUUUCUGCCACUUGUGUAUAAAGGUGCCAGGGGGUUCCCUCCUCGUGCCUUCUGAGAACAUUAAAGCGUACCUGAGGAUGAAGUGGUCCUCCUGCCUGUCACACAGUAGACUGGGGAUCACAGUGAUAGGGUGGGAGGCGUGAGAGCCGCAGUGAGGCUGCCCUUUAUGCCCAGGUCACGGUGGGUGAGAACUGAUGGGCUCUUCACCGGAUUACCGAGUGACUUGACGAUGGUGGGCAACACAGGAGGGCCCCCCAAGCGAGACUUUACUGAAAUGCUGUUAAGAAGGCGCGGCCGUCCUGCCACCUGUGUGACCGCUCUUAUGGCUGGCACUGGAGUGCCAGUCUCUCCAUUACACAGUCCUGAUGUCGUGAAGAGCAGCUGGUGAGCCGCCGUGACCCUCAAGUGCGCGCGUGGAAAGUUCGGACAUUUCCUGCUGUCUCAGAGUUCUUUAUAGAGGGAGAUCAACGUUUACAUGGCAGGGAGCAAAGGUGAGGGGUGAAGAGCAUUAGCCAGCCCAAGCAGCGGUGCCACCCCAUCCCCAAGAUGUGGAGGAGACAUGAAAAGCACGAAGCUGGCACCAGACCUGACGCUGACAGAGAGACUUGGAAUGAAAUGCCCAUUCAGCCGUCUUCUCAAUGGGUGGCAUGCAGUGGUCCCAGCAGACACUUUGGAUUCCACACGGCACAUCCCAAAUAUGGCUGCCUCUUAAUUAACCUGGGCAGUGUGCGAUUGUGCCCUCUGUCAGGCUGGCACCCCUCCUUCCAAACCUGUUAAUGUAUGCCCUGCUCCUGGCACUGGGAACGUGGGGCCUGUGCCGCCUUUUCCAGUGGCAGCCUGAUGAUGCGCCUCACUGAUAUGGCACCUUUCUGUGCUCAGAGUUGGACUUCCAUAAGAUGUACAGAGUGGUGAGAGUCGAUUCCUCAUCAUUACUGUGUGGGGCAGCACCUGCACCCCAUGGGAUGUGUGCAGAUGGGGGCCUAAAUCAGUGACGGGCAGGGACAUUGAGCCCACCCCGGCAUGUUGGGCACUGCAGGUGUAAAGCGCUGAAUGACAGGUGGCUGACAGCAGGCCCACCAUUUCACCGACGGACGUUCUUUGCGUAUUCCUACCUCGGCUCACAGGCGGUGCCAACAGGGCGCCACAUCAUCGCUGUGUGUCUGUCUAGCUGGAAUGCUGCCAGUCGAAGUUACAGUAUUGUCUUUGAUGCCCGCAGACUCCACGGCUGGUCGCUGGAGGUUCUGCCUGCUCCUCGUGAUGCCCCGGCGCUGGCUGUUGAUGGCCUCGUGUAGUUGUUUUCAAUUUGACUGCUCGUCUCGUCCAAGGCUGUCCACGAGGUCGGGUGACUGAAGGCCCGUUUGCAGUCGGGUGUACGGAGGGUGUGCCCGCCGCUGCGUGGUACGGUAGCAGGAUUUCUCAAUCUCGCAGACGUUCCCUUUUCCAUCUUUGCCAAGUCAGGGGGAUUUCCCACCAUGCGUUUGUGCCCAUUUGCCUAUCGCUGUGUGCCAUUCGUGUAGCGACAAUUCACACAGUGUCUUCUGCACUGAGCCUGUGUGGUCACCCACAUCGGGGUCCGCGCUCCAGGACUGCUGAUGCCAUUCACAUCACAUGCACCCUCGUGGUGAUGCUGACCUGCUAAAUAUAAAUGGGAGUCAUUGGGGGUUCGGCGCAUGUCUGGUGGGGACUGAACUGGCCACCUUGGGCUUCAGAGGCCACAAUGACUGUGACUUUGACCACAGGGCCUGGCUAAUGAAUGAAUGAGGUAGUCAGCCACUUGUCACCCAUCUUGAUCCUCUCCUGAAUCUGAGCUCACAGCACUGUCCCCUGUCACAACACCUCACUAGUCGUACAAAACAAUGGCAUCAAUGGCUGACACUCUGAAUAUUCUCCAGGGGGCCGAGUGGUCCCGGCACUGCUCGUCAUUGGCGGCCAUUGCAUCGUUCCCAUUUGCUUCCUCCUCUCCUGACUUGCCUCUUGGUGCCGUUGCUGCUUAGACUGGAGACGAGGUGUCAGGGCCGACUUGUCACCAUCUGUGCUGUCCUUACAUUGGAUUUGCUCCAGUGAGCUGGCUUGACUUUUUUUUUCCCUUCCUUCCUCU